UUGCCUAUGCCCCAUUGGCCGCUAGUGUUGUCAAUCAAUUUCCCCACUCGUUCCGUGCUCAAAGUGGAGGACGAAGGAAAGGAGCCUGCUGACAGACAUUCCAACUCGUCUACGCCUCCUCCUUCUCCCUGGGGGAACCCGGGGGCCAAAGCACCUCUCUGGGGGGAUCAGGGUGCAGCAGCGCACCCCCUGAGGUAGUGAUACCAUGGCUGUUUGGAUCCAGGCCCAGCAGCUUCAGGGUGAUGCCCUGCGCCAGAUGCAGGCGCUCUAUGGACAGCACUUCCCCAUAGAGGUGCGACAUUACCUGUCUCAGUGGAUAGAGGCACAGGCAUGGGACUCGGUGGAUCCCGAGAACCCACAGGACAAUAUGAAGGCCACACAGCUGCUAGAAGGACUGGUGCAGGAACUGCAGAAGAAAGCAGAGCACCAAGUGGGCGAGGAUGGCUUCUUGUUGAAGAUCAAACUCGGGCAUUAUGCUACACAGUUUAAGAACACUUAUGAUCGAUGUCCCAUGGAACUGGUCCGAUGUAUUCGGCACAUCUUGUAUCACGAGCAGAGACUCGUCCGGGAAGCAAGCAAUUCCAGUUCCCCAGUGGGUGGCCUUGUGGAUACCAUGUCCCAGAAGCACCUUCAGAUCAAUCAGACAUUCGAGGAGCUCCGAGUUAUCACUCAGGAGACAGAGAAUGGACUAAAGAAGCUACAGCAGACCCAGGAGUACUUCAUUAUCCAGUACCAGGAGAGUUUAAGGAUUCAAGCUCAGUUUACCCAGUUGUCCCAGCUCACCCCUCAGGAGAGGAUCCCCCGCGAGGCCACCUUGCAACAGAGGCAAGCAUCCUUGGAAGCCUGGCUACAGAGAGAGGCCCAGACACUGCAGCAAUACAGACUGGAUUUAUCAGAAAAACACCAGAAAACUCUCCAACUCUUGCGAAAACAGCAGACGAUCAUCUUGGAUGACGAGCUGAUUCAGUGGAAAAGGCGUCAGCAGCUUGCGGGGAAUGGGGGACCCCCAGAGGGGGGCCUAGACCUGCUGCAGACAUGGUGUGAAAAACUAGCAGAGAUCAUCUGGCAGAACCGGCAGCAGAUCCGACGAGCCGAGCACCUAUGUCAGCAGUUGCCCAUCCCUGGGCCGGUGGAGGAGCUCCUCUCUGAGCUGAACGCCACCAUUACUGAUAUCAUUUCUGCCCUAGUCACCAGUACGUUUAUCAUAGAGAAGCAGCCCCCACAGGUCCUCAAGACGCAGACAAAGUUUGCUGCCACGGUUCGGCUCCUAGUUGGGGGCAAACUGAAUGUCCACAUGAACCCGCCGCAGGUGAAGGCCACCAUCAUCAGUGAGCUGCAAGCCAAAGCACUUUUGAAGAAUGAGAACACUCGCAAUGAGAGCAGCGGAGAGAUCCUAAACAAUUGCUGCGUUAUGGAGUAUCAUCAGGCCACAGGCACCCUCAGUGCUCACUUCAGGAACAUGUCUCUGAAGAGGAUCAAGCGCUCGGACAGGCGGGGAGCCGAGUCUGUAACGGAGGAGAAAUUCACCAUCCUGUUUGAGUCCCAGUUUAGUGUAGGAGGCAAUGAGCUGGUUUUCCAGGUCAAGACGUUGUCCCUCCCUGUCGUCGUCAUCGUUCACGGCAGUCAGGACAAUAAUGCCACGGCCACCGUUCUGUGGGACAAUGCCUUUGCAGAGCCAGGCCGAGUCCCAUUUGUAGUCCCAGACAAGGUUGUGUGGCCCCAGCUGUGUGAUGCUCUGAACAUGAAGUUUAAGGCCGAGGUCCAGAGUAACCGGGGACUGAGCGAUGAAAACCUGGUGUUCUUGGCCCAAAAACUGUUCAACAGCAACCUGAGCCAUAAGGAUGAUUAUAGCAACAUGACUGUGUCCUGGGCCCAGUUCAACAGGGAGAAUCUACCAGGUUGGAAUUACACCUUCUGGCAGUGGUUUGAUGGAGUGAUGGAGGUUCUAAAGAAACAUCUCAAACCACAUUGGAAUGAUGGGGCCAUCCUGGGAUUUGUCAAUAAGCAACAGGCACACGACAUGCUGGUGAACAAGAGGGACGGAACAUUCCUUUUGCGCUUUAGUGACUCGGAGAUCGGGGGCAUCACAAUAGCCUGGAAGUUCGAGUUGCCGGACAGAGCCUUGUGGAACCUGAUGCCAUUUACUGCCCGAGAUUUCUCUGUGCGCUCAUUGGCCGAUCGACUGGGGGACCUCAAUUACCUUAUCUUUGUGUUCCCCGAUAGGCCCAAGGAUGAGGUCUUCUCCAAAUAUUACACCCCAGUUCUCUGUAACCCCUCUAAAACAGAUGGUUAUGUAAAACCACAAAUCAAGCAAGUUGUUCCAGAGUUUGUUACAAGCGACGUCAUGCCGCCGAGCACUUACAUGGAUCAGGCCCCAUCCCCUGCGGUGUGCACUCAGUCACACUAUAACCUGUACCAGCAGAAUCCGGACUCCGUUCUCGAUCCAGACGGAGAUUUGGAUCUAGACGACAUGGAUGUGGCUCGGCACGUGGAAGAAUUGCUCCGGAGGCCCAUGGAUAACAGCCAAUGGAUACCUCACGCGCAGUCCUGACAUGGUUCCCCGCCCCUGUCACCCCUCCCCCAGCCAAAUCCAAUACUCAAAAUGUGAAUUAUUUUCACGCGAAUUUGUUUUGAUAUUUUGUGCAUGGUGAAUUCUAGGUUUUUUUUUUUUGUUUGUUUUUGGUACUAUUUUCAACCCGUACAAUUUCACUUUUUUUUUUUUUUUUUUAACCCCCCCGUCUCCCUAUAAGCGCAACCCCAUUUUGUAGUGGUGAAAUACCGAAAAGAACCAAAUUAGGCUAAAUGUCAUGUUUACUUUUCAAUUUUCAUUUCUCGGAGUCUGAGCCGUGGUUUCAGAAGGUAAUAGGAUAUAGCGAGAGAGAGAGAGAGAUAAUAUAAGAAAACCCUAUAUAGGAUUUAGGCAGAAUUUUAAACCUAUUUAAGAUAAAUAUAUGUGAUUAUUUUUAACA